CAUUUGAAGUAAGGCGCUGGUCAUACGGUGUUAGUGGUGUUUGGCCACUGAUAGUUAAGGUUACUAUAGAUAGUUUGUUAACCACCCGAGCGCUGAUUUCAACGGAGUUCGGCUUUCCCACAGCACUAUGAACAUUCUCGCGAGAAGAGACUUCCCAGACAACCCAGUACGUGGCUUGACAGCUGUGUGCUGGGAGUGUUUGGUUUGGUUUGUCUGUUGGCAGGUUUGGACCAUAGACUGUAUAUUGUUGAUACCUGUGUGUACCUGGACGUCGAAUAACAACCGUGAAUCCGCUACACGUCUUUGAAUCGUGUCACGUCCACUCUGUCGGCCUGGUAUGGCGGAGAGAGGGCCGUCGGUUGAAUUCUCCGGCUCUCUGACGAGCUCCAUUCUUCCUCCGCCGAGGACUCGCAUCUUCAAAAUCAUUGUGAUCGGGGACUCGGGGGUCGGAAAGACGUGCCUCACCUAUCGCUUCUGUGCAGGCAAGUUCCCCGAGAAGACUGAGGCCACGAUCGGGGUUGACUUCAGGGAGAGACUGGACGAGAUUGAUGGCGAAAAAAUCAAGAUCCAGCUGUGGGACACUGCAGGCCAAGAGCGCUUCAGGAAGUCCAUGGUGCAGCACUACUACCGCAAUGUGCAUGCUGUUGUCUUUGUCUAUGAUGUCACCAACGCUGCUAGCUUCCGCAGCCUCCCUGCGUGGAUUGAGGAGUGCAAGCAGCACGCUCUGGGCACAGAGGUACCCAGGAUCUUAGUUGGAAACAAGUGCGACCUCCAAGACUCCAUCCAAGUGAGCACAGAUGUGGCGCAACAGUUUGCAGAUUCCCAUUCCAUGCCCCUAUUUGAGACAUCUGCAAAAAGCCCAAACAGACAGGGAGAAGGAAGCUAUGGCAGUGGAAACAGUGACCACGUUGAGGCUAUUUUUAUGACGGUGGCCCACAAACUCAAGUCUCAAAAGCCUCUAGUGCUGAGCCAGCCCCCUGGGGGAUCAGGAGGCCCCAUCAGCCUGAGUAGGGGGAUGAGUGAUGGAGGAGAUGUGGCCAGGAGCUGGGCCUGCAGCAGCUGCUGAAGAAGAAAAAUGGAGGGAAAGAGUGGAUCCUACAAAAUGGCUGCAACAACUGAAACGAUGUGUUAAUUUGAAAACAAUACAUUUUUCAUGUGCUUGCCUUGUGCUUGAUAUUACAAACGACUUUUAGUAGUUUAGCUGGGGGCAAUGUGAUUGCUGCAGUGUGAUUGCUGCAAUGUGGCAAUGCGAUUACCACGUUGGGAUGUUGGUUGAUGGAAAUGAUUGUGAACACAAAAUCAGAACCUGAGUCAGUUAUCCUGAGAUAGUAAUUGCCGAGCCUGCACUACUUAAGUUUCAAGUCAAUAACUUUGUUUUGUUGAAGCAAAAAACAGUGGCAUUUAUAUUUUUUGAGUGUGGGGGGGAUAAUAUCAAACCGAUCUUUAAGCUCUUCUGGGCCCAAUGACGCAAACAACUAUGAUUGUUGUCCAGUCCAGAUACAAUCAGGAUCGUCCCAUGUAAUGGGAAUGUAAAGUGUGAAGAGCAGCUAAUGAGAACUACUGGUGGGAAUAUAAAAUUAUUUUACUGACAAGUGACCUGAAUAUAUAAUUUGAAUGUGGACAAUACAAUCCAAUACAUAACAUCAUGCAACCUGUGAUGCAGUGUAUGGCCUUAAUCUGUGGCACUGCAGUAAGCACUGCGUCAUAUGGAAAGGAGUUGGGCCAUGCCUUCUUUUUGUUGUAUUGUAGACAUAUGAUGAUAGUCUUAAGACUGGCGACCUGGUGUACCCCCCCUCUCGGACAACAAAAGCUGGAAUUGAUUCCAGCUCCCCUGCGACCCUCAAAGUACAACAGUAUAGAUAUCAGAUGGUUGAUAAUCUUUAAUUUUCAUUAAAGGUACCCUGUUGAAUUUU